UCAGACUGGGCGCCACACGAGCAACGUCGAUUCUCAGAAACGUUGCUAACCUCUCCCAUUCCCAGUUGAAUAUCUCCCGCUUUCUCCUCCUCCUCCUCCUCCUUCUCACAUCUCAGCGCUCGUGUACACUGGACACGCUCCUCCAGAUUUUGUCUUUGUGUCCCUUUACGCCUCCGUACUCCAGGAAACGGGAUCCCCUCUUACGCUCGGAAGUGAAGGGCCAAUGAACGAACGAGGCGAGCUUCUGGACCAAUUGUGAGCGUCCGUUUCCGAGGGCUGGUCUUACUAUCCCACGCGGACCUGACGUGGCUACUCGCGGCUCGAGGCCACUUAGUCGGCGCUCGGGCACGGCAGCGGACGAAAGCAAGAGUGUUGAGUGAGUGAUUUUGUCGACACUAACAAUUAAUUCUGGUGAGAUAUGACUCUUGUAUCAAGCCGUUAGUGUUUUGGAGGUUGUUUUUGGUGCGUGUGGAUUUUAAACAGUUUUAUAGACAUGCAAAUUAAACAAAAUUAGUGGAAAUAAACAGGAACAAUAAACAGAAAAAAAUGUAGAUUGCGACAAAGAUAUCGUGACAAAUGACAGUCUCAUAGAGGGAGAAGAUUGAUAAAAAAAAAAAGAAACACCUAUAAUACAUUGUUCAGAAACAUAACUUUUGGGGAAAAGAAAACGACAAGAGGUAGUAGUACGAGGAUACGGAAAAGAGAAUGUUGCAACUGGAAAAGCGAGUGGUGUCAGUGGAAGAACAGCCGCGCCGUGUCUUAGGCCUUGCUACAUGGCGGACACCCCCACAACACACACACGAAUCACCGCCCACCCAGCCCAGACUCUGCCGGCCGCCGCUGAAACCUUUCGCUGCAGCACAGAAACGUGAGUCAGAGAUUGUGAGAGUGGCGCCUGCCACGUGGUAAAAGGGAAGAAAACGAGGGUGAGGGAAAGAAAUAAAGGGUUAAGAGACGCAGAGAAGAGGAGGCUCCAAUGUGGUGAUAAGAGCCAUACCGGCCACUGUCGCGUUAGUGUCAUGGUCGUCACCGAGCUGUGCGGAACGCCCGAGAAAGCUGAAGCACACACCACACACACGCACACAUACAUACGUGUACUGCAUAUUACACAAGUGCCUCGCUGCGGGGGCUCUCAGAUCCGCCCCGCCUGUCGCCGCUGGAAAUUUGCUGAAUUUUCUCAGACUUUCAAGCGAAGGAACUUCAAAAGACACGCGUCAUUCCUCUUUUCCAUAAAAGAUAUAUUUCUGAAAACACAAACUCUCAAAGUCAUGUCUCCUUAAAAGUGAGUGUCACAGAAGUGAGCUGACUUGCUAAACAAUUAAGUGAACCAGCACAGGGUCACCUAGAACGAUACUGGUGAUGUCGAACAUAUCAGCUGUUCAAGACUCCGGGCCUGGGGAGCCAUACCUUAUGCUGGGCAUGGUAGUGACGAUAAUGGUGAUGGUGAUAGGCUCCAUUGGAAACCUCCUCACCCUCUUCACCCUCUCCCACCAGUUCUACAUGCCCCGGAAAUACAGGCACAUAAAGGACAUGACGCCAGACACAGUGCUCAUCAUCAACCUGGCCUUCGCUGACCUCUUCUACAGCGCCAUCAGUCUUCCCUUCAUGUUCACCACUUACUACCGCCUCUCCCAAACGGAGCGGGAUCCAUGGGAAGAAGGUAACACAAACUGCAAAGUGUCGGCCUUUAUUCGGUACGCUAACGCCAUCGCCGAGUGGACCACGCUGGGUCUCAUGGCUCUGGAGAGAUGUGUCACGAUCUACAACUUCCGUAACUGCCGUGGUCCCAGCCGGUUCUUCACCACCUUCAAGACCAUCUGCUACUGCUGCAGCAUCUGGUUGCUCGCCAUCUUCCUCCAGUUACCGACAUUCUUCGAUAAAUUUGGCACUUUCGGUUACAAUGCAGACUUCGUCAAAUGUGAUUUUAUCGACGUCAACGAGACCCAGAGCCUUAUUUCCCCCCGCAUGGUGUUCUUCGCCCUGGAGAGCGCUGUGCCCUGCGUCCUCAUCCUCAUCGGCUACCUGGUCAUCCUCUUCCAGGUGUACUCCUCCUCUGCGGCCCUCAGCAUCUUCGGGUCCUACUCAUGCCAGAGGAUGAUCGCCAUUCGCCGGUCUCGCACCACGGGGGUCAUCGUGAGGCUGCUCUUCGUGUACCUGGUGUGCGUGAUCCCCAUCUGCGUCUUCAACCUGGUGGAGAUCCCCAAGCCGGGGGCGCACAAGAACGCGGGCAUCGUGAUGUACUGCAUCUACUGGCUGCAGUACUGCAUCAACAACUUCAUCUACGUGGUGAGCAACGGACGCUAUCGACGAGCAUACUUCCAGUUCCUGUGCUGGAUCACCUGCCGCCCCGUGCCCGUCCCUGCCCUGCCUUCCACCGUGUGGCAGCCCAAGCGGUGCCAGAUCUACACCCUCCCCAGCUCCUCCAAUCUUCAAGAAUCUUUCGACUCGCGCUUCAGGACGCUGUCGGAGUGCGAAGAGGCACGGCGGCGAAUGCAGCAGUUUGGACUUCACGGCACCUCCCUUGGUUCCUUUUCCUCUGAGGGGAUAAGUUGUAGCCUAAAGGAGGCAGUCCACCCUGAUCUUUCCCUCAGCCACAGCCCCAUAAGUUGCCUGUCUCUGCAUCACUCUGCCAGCCUGAGCUCCACCUCCAGCCUUCAGACGCUGGUUAGGGAAAAGACUCGGUCCCGCCACUUAAGUCAUUCGGUGAAGCAAGACCUGAAGGAAGCGGGACACAAACUGCGGCGGACCUUUUCAUGCUGAGCGUGGCGUAGCUCUGCCUCACCGCCCUUGAUCCACAUGCUGUUCACGCCUCGCCUUGUCGCCUCCAUUUUCGACCACCCUCGCGCUCAUUCCUAUUUAUCUUGAUUAU